AUGCCUGCAUCUUCCCGCCUCAAUCAGGAGCACGACAGGUGUCCCGACAAGGCCGAUUAUGCUUAUCCGAUGCACGCCAGCUUGUCUGACACCGCCUCAGCUCGUGCAGCCUGUGUUUCUCUAUGCAAUGUGCUGGACUGCCCCUACGUGUCUGUCUCAGUGUUUGUGGCCCGACACAACUGGCCGCCUCCUCUGAUGGAAAUGGAUCGCACGCCAUCUGGCAGGUUGUCCUCCCACUUCGAUGCAAUGCGACGACCACUAUCCUCUUCGUCUCCACGGCAGAGGUCGCAGCAGCACGCCACUGCGCCCUCUUCUUCUUCGUUGUCCUCCCCUGAAACCGCUGGUUUCUUGCGGCAAGCGAACACCAGCCCGAAUCCCUGUCGAUAUGAAUCCCUAGAUGAGACUGCUUGCGCUUAUCGCAUAUCUGCGUUACGCCAUCUUCACGGCAACAGCGCUCCCAAGCCCUUGUCCUGGAAGACGCGCCAAGCAGCAGCCUAUAAUCCUAGCAGCAGCAAGUCUUCGAGCUUAGCUUCGCAGCCCGUUCUUGUCAGAUCUUACUCGGGAGAUCCUAAUGAUAACUCCGAUCCAUCCAAGAUGCCUGCACGGCGGUCAUUUCUAUUCUCGAGGGCCCCCAACAAUCAGCAACGACGCGAGCCCGAGCCCGAGCUCCCGGCUGGCGAAGAGUUCAGUAUUGACGGCAUCCUUCGUGCGAUCGAGCCGAAUAUUCGCAGCACGCUCGACUCAAUCGGGGAGAUCUGCGGUCGUAGCAAGCUCAGUCUCGCCAACGAGUAUGGCAGUCAUAUUGCGCCUCUAGGCGAGAUUCGUGCGCCGCCUGGGGGGCUUGUUACUGUUGAAGAGGCCAGCUCUGUUCAUGAGGAACACUCUGGCGAUAAUGUGGUUAUUUAUGAUGAUGACAAUCCUGUCGACGGCAGGGACCACACUCCAUUCUCAAAUUACACCUUCUUCGACGCCCUUCUUCCUCCCAUCACCGCACCCUCGCAGCCUGUACCUACGAACGAUCAUCUAGACCAUCAAUCGACCGGCCAGCUUCCUACUAAGCGCGAGUUUGCAUCCAAACCCAAAGCUGGCGGACGGGCGUUGUUAGGGAUAGCUGAAAGAGACAAUGACCGAGUUCAAAAUAUCCUCACUCCGGCUCUAGUAUCGGAGAUCCUUCUCGAUGCCCAAGCCAAUGGCCGUCUGAAAUCUGACCAUCUUCCCGGCCAGCUGUCCCAGGCAGACCUAUCGAGCCAGUGGACAGACUGCGGCAAGUCGUCCGAUGUGCAGUCACUCUUCCGCUGGCUGAAACAAGCUGCAUGGAGCGACGGCUGCAGCAUCGAGCAACAGUCAGCUGAAAGUCGACUGCGGGCGACUCUUGAGCGACAGAGUGAGCCAGUGUCUUCUUGA